ACUUCACUCGUCGUGGCCGUAUCGUAUCACUGACAUGACAUUGUGUAUCUAUCUGUCUCAUUCUGAUUGAUUCAUUCAUUGAAAUCGAAAGAAGUUGGAAUGGAGGAAAGGUUUCGAUAAAAAUUUCCAUUUAUGUUACGAAGUCAAUUAAAUGUGACUUAUGGUUAAAAGACAAUUAUGUGACAAGGGCCAGUGGGUUCGUGAGUGAAUAAUUGUGAUAGAAAUUGCUUAGUGACUACUAUCUUAGUGUUUUGUGAUUAUUAUUUUGACAACGGAUAUUUCUUACAUAUCGAUUAAUCGACGCCAGCCAAAAAACAAGACUGAUUUUUAAUGCUACUUAGGUAUAGUUUAAGAGGGGGAAGUAGCGCACAUUCCACUGUGGUAGCAUGUACCACUGACGCCAUCUUGAUUAGGCGGCUAUUACGCGCGUCAGCAACAUGGCGUCGGCGCCCAUCCGGUCGGUGAUCGAGGAGGGUGACGUCGAGGAGAAGCUGCUGAAUGAGAACAAUAAAGUCCUGAUUGUGCCAAAUUCAGUUCAAGAUGAGGGCGGUAUUUUAGCUGUCAAGUCUUCUAAGAAAGUUAAACUUCCGGAGGAUGAGGGCACAGUUGGCGGACGUUUCACCAUCGGCCCGGCGCCAGAACGCGACUGGGAGAUGGUCCCGCCGGACGGCAAAUGGGGAUGGUGCGUGCUCGUAGGUGCAACUUUAGUGAAUAUACUUAUACCUGGCACGAUUAAGUCCUUCGGCGUCCUAUUGGUGGAGUUCAAUGAUGUGUUCCACUCGAGCCCUUCAGCGGCGUCAGGCAUUGUGGCCCUUUGCUACUUCCUGUACAGCAGUCUGGGUCCUCUAUCGUCUAUUCUCUCUGUGAAGUGGUCGUACCGCACUGUGACCCUCAUAGGUGGCAGUUUUGCAGCGUUUGGCAUGAUUUUUAGCAGUUGUGCCUUUUCUAUUACAUAUUUGUAUUUUAGUUUCGGCGCUAUGGUGGGCACUGGGGCCGGUCUAGCGUUCCCCCCCACCGUGUACAUAGUGACGUCAUACUUCGUCCGCCUGCGCGGUCUGGCCAAUGGCAUCUGCAUGUCCGGCUCGGCGUUCGGCAGCAUCAUACUGCCGCCCGUGCUGCGGUAUCUGCUUGAGACGUACGGAUACAAAGGUGCCGUUCUGAUACUCGGCGGUAUUAUGCUGAAUGUGUGGGCGGCUGCCCUACUCUUCCAACCUGUUGAGGAACACUUGGUGAAGAAAUACAAGGAACCAGAGGAGGAUGAGGAAGUUCCCCAGGGCGACAUAUUAUUCGAAGAAGAGGAACCGAUUGACAAUGCGAAGGUACAAGAAAAUAUGCCGAGGAUAUUAACUAACGGCUCGAUUGAUUUACAGAAAAAUCUAUCGCAAACCAACGUGAACAGUCAGAAUUGCAUUCCAUCGUUUUCUUCGCAAAAUCAGCUUAGACACAACAUGUCUAAGAAGAAACUGUCGAGGCCAGUGUCCAGGGUCAACAACAGCUCAGCAUCUAUAGCCCACGAUAUAAAAAGAUUGGGGUCACAAGAAACUUUUGGCAGAAGGUUGAGCACCGCCGGCCCCAAGAGGAACAUGUCCACUUCGAGUUUCGCUUACGUAUCAACGCCGUUCCACGGUUCGACACUUUCAGCUUUCGAGCAACCGAACGAAUUCGCGUCACAGUUCUCGCUGAAAUCUGUCACCGAAAGUGUUGCGGAUGUCGCAUACUGCUGUUUUUGCUGCAAAAAGAAAGAGAGAAAGGAGCCUAACAAGUUUUUCGACUUGAGCCUUUUAACCGACCCAUCUUAUUUGGUUAUUUUGAUAUCCUCAAGCACAGUAGCUAUAUCGUGCACAAACUUCAUUAUACUACUACCCUCGCACGCACAAAACAUAGGUUUCGAUAAAGCGCAAGGCGCUUAUUUGCUCAGUACAGUGUCGGCUCUCGAUCUGGUCGGACGUAUCGGCGGUUCCGCGUUAUGCGAUCUGAAUUUGAUACCGAAGAGUUUUUAUUUCGUCGGCGGUCUCUUGUUCUCCGGAUUGGCUUUGGUCGUGAUGCCCUUUUUGUCCACUUACGUCGGUAUCAGCGUUUGCUGUGCUUUCUUCGGGUUAGCGUCUGGUGUCAAUAAUAGUGUUACGACUCUGGUUAUGGCUGAAGUGUUAGGUGUUGAAAGAUUGAUGUCUACAUACGGGAUAAGUCUUUUCGUGAACGGUAUUCUGCAGUUGAUCGGACCGCCCCUGUGUGGUUUAUGGUUCGAAUUGGAUCAUAAUUAUAAUAAUAUGUUUAUUAGUUUUGGUUUUAUAUUUAUCGGGGGUGCGUCUCUAUGGAUUUUGAUGCCUUUCAUUAAUAAAAGAAAGAAGAAAGCGGGCGUAGAUCUUGAAACCUUUGCGGAAGAGGACCCCACAGAGACAGAUGAGUUUGACCAUCCGAAGCUCCUGUCGCCCGAAGACACGCCUCAUGAGAAACACAACGGCUCCCCGCCCAUAUUCAAGAACAAAUCUAACGCAAACUUCGGCGAGGAUUCCCCUAACAAACAGGAAAACUUUGUCCGAUCAGCUAGUGCCGCGCAAGUGUCUCGCGACAACGAUAAAACCAGAAAAGUUACGCCGGUAUCAUCGAAACAUGGCCUCCAAAACGUCGCCAGUAAAAAUCACUUGCCGAGCAAUUUGUCACUACUAGAAUCCGUCCCCGAAGGUAAAACUAGCAGAGUCAAUUCCACAGAGGCGUUCGGUAAAAAGUUAACGAUACCAAAAACUCCUAAGCGUAGCCCAUCGACGUCAUCCUUCCAAUACAUGUCGACACCUUUCCAUGGCUCCACGCUGUCCGCUUUCGAGAAGCCAAGCGAAUUCGCCUCCCAAUUCAGUUUGAAAUCUAUCACAGAGAGUUUAGCGCCAAUAACUUAUUGCUGCGGUUGCAAGAAGAGACCUAAAGAUGACAACGCCAAGAAAGAACCAAGCAAAUAUUUCGAUGUACAGUUGUUAAAAGACCCCAUAUAUUUAGUGAUACUUAUAUCUAAUUGCACAUGCGCCAUUUCUUAUACGAAUUUCAUUAUAUUAGUGCCAUCUUACGCUCAAGAGUUAGGUUUCGAUAAAUCACUAGGCGCGUACCUUUUAUCGAUAAUAUCAGCGUUAGAUUUAGUCGGCCGGAUUGGUGGUUCAGCGCUAUCCGACGUAGUUACGACGCCUAAGCGUUACUUCUUCAUUUUCGGUUUACUUCUAUCCGGUAUCAGUUUAGCAAUGUUACCGCUUGUGUCCAGUUAUUCAGCGAUCAGUGCGUUCUGUUCUAUAUUCGGUAUCGCGUCCGGUAUCAACGUAGGUGUCACAGCACUAGUGAUGACUGAAAUGUUGGGUACAGAAAGAUUAAUGUCGUCAUACGGCAUCAGUUUGUUCAUGAACGGUAUAUUGCAGUUGAUCGGACCGCCGAUAUGUGGUUUUUGGUUUGAAUAUACAAAAUCGUAUAAGUCACUGUUUGUUACUUUGGGUUUUAUUUUGGUAGGUGGCGCUGCGUUGUGGGGUUUCGUUCCUUUAAUAAAUAGAAGGAGACGACUGGCUGAGAGAAGGAAAGAGAGUGAGAAAGCGUAGUGAAGGGGAUACUUUUUUAUUUCAAUGAUAGUAUGGUUGAUUUUCGCUUGUAGUUUUAGUCUUAUAAGGAGUGUUUGAUAUAUUUAGUAAGGUAAGGGUAAAGUGGGUUAUGCGAAUGGGAAAUAUGAAACAUUUUACACUCAACUAUGUAUUUCUUAUUAAUCAUCUUUAAUGAAGAGUAAUGUUAAAGGAGUUAUUACCUCUCUUUCUGCUCUUUGUAUACAGAAAAGGAUGGGAGAUAUUUCACGCUGAAAAUAGUGUCUUAUAAUAAAAAUUAAUAGGAAUCCUAAAUGUAUACAUAUAUUUUUACACAUAAUGUAUAAUGCUAUAUUUAUUAUUGUCCUUUUUCUAUCCUAAAGGAGAGAAGGGGACGAGCUAUUAAUGUUAGAUUAAUUUUGAAACAAUUUAAUCUAUUUAUCUUCCAUAUCUAAUGAAAAUCGAAUGUCCACAAGACUGUAUAAACGCAAAAAUACAAUUAUAAUGUUUAUUUUAUAUA